GAGGAUGUCGGAAGUCCUCUCUCUCCAUCGCUCCGCCCACCUUCUCAAUAUUCAGUGCGUUUAAUUUCCAAGUGUGAGUUCAGUCUGUCGAGGAAAAGAGCGGAACCUGGAAGGUGGGAAAGUUUGAGCCAAGAAAUAAAGGGGUGUUUUGCAACAGGUUGCAGGUUCAAAUGUUGUAGAUACUUUCUUCCUCCCUCCUCCAGUAUAUACACACACACAUAUACAUAUAUUUGGAGGUGUUUUUUACGUCAGUGAAGAGAUGCCGCUGGGGCUGAGGAAGAAGAAGAACAAAUCGAGGGAAAGUUCGCACUUGGUGGAGAACGAGGAACUCGGUGGCGGCGGCGGCGGCGGCGGAGGAGGAGCCGGAGCCGGAGCGGCACCGGGCAAGGCGGCAGCCAACGGCGCUGGACUCCCCCCGCCGCCCGUGGACCUACGACCCAAGCUGGUGUUCCACACGCAGUUGGCCCACGGCAGCCCCACGGGCCGCAUCGAGGGCUUCACUAACGUCAAGGAGCUCUACUCCAAAAUAGCCGAAGUCUUCGACCUGAACGCGGCAGAGAUCCUGUUCUGCACUCUAAACACUCACAAGAUUGACAUGGAAAAGCUACUCGGUGGACAGAUUGGACUGGAGGACUUCAUCUUUGCCCACAUAAAAGGGAUCAAGAAGGAGGUGGAAGUGAACAAGGCUGAGGAUGCCCUGGGGCUUACCAUCACGGACAACGGAGCUGGGUACGCCUUCAUCAAGCGUAUCAAGGAGGGCAGUGUGGCGGACGGCGUAAAGGUCAUCUGUGUUGGUGACCACAUAGAGGCAAUCAAUGGGAAAAAUAUAGUGGGCACCCGGCACUACGAGGUAGCGCGCAUGCUGAAGGAGCUGCCACGUGGACAAACCUUCACGCUCAAGCUGGUGGAACCCAUGAAGGCCUUUGAAAUGCUUGAACCACGGUCAAAAGGUUCCAAACCGGCCGGGGAGAACAGGAUUGCUGCAGGCAGGGGAACGCUGCGACUGCGCUCUAAAGGUCCUGCCACUGUCGAGGAAGUGCCAACGGAGUUUGAGGAGAAAGCCGUCAAGAAGGUGGACGACCUGCUAGAAAGUUACAUGGGGAUCCGGGACACUGAACUGGCUGCAACUAUGGUGGAGGUGGGAAAAGACAAGAAGAACCCGGAUGAUUUUGCCAUGGCACUCGAUGAGGCGCUUGGAGACUUUGCUUUCCCUGACGAGUUUGUCUUCGAUGUCUGGGGUGCUAUCGGAGAUGCCAAGCAGGGACGUUUUUAAACCCUCUCCCAAGCAGCAAUCUGCAAUUUUUUUUCUUUAUAAUAUGAAACACUUUUUUUUUUUUUUUUUU